UAUAUAAAAAUCCAGUGAAGAUGGUAGCCUGUAUCCAUGAUACAUAUUAUGAUGUUAAAGCAACCCUGUUAUCAGAAGCUGACAUUAAGAAAAUUAGAGAAUCCAGAGGUAGGAUACCCAAUGCAUCACAAAAAAUAGCUAGUAAAUUUCAUAUCGGACCUAAGCGACAGACUCUUGAAGCAGUGUCAGAAGUAUCGUCUAUACCCCUUCUGGCUACAAAGAUUCCAAAAAAGAAUGGUUGA